AUGGACGCGAGCGAUGAAGAACGGUCGGCGCCGAAGCGCGGGGGCGUGGAUGUACACAAUUACAUGGAUGCGCAGUAUUACGGGGAGAUUGAAAUCGGCAACCCGCGACAAAAGUUCCAAGUCGUCUUCGACACCGGAAGCUCGAACCUCUGGGUGCCGAGCUCGAAGUGUGGAUUUCUGCAGAUUCCGUGCGACUUGCACGCAAAGUUCGAUUCGCGAGCGUCGGAGACGUACGAGGCGGAUGGGACGCCGUUUGCGAUUCAGUACGGAAGCGGCUCGUUGAGCGGAUUUUUGUCCAAGGACGAAGUCAAAGUCGGCGACUUGGUCGUCCAGGGGCAGUACUUCGCCGAAGCGACGAAAGAGCCGGGGAUCGCGUUCUUGUUUUCGAAGUUCGACGGUAUACUCGGUCUCGGGUUCGACAACAUCGCCGUGGACAAGGUGAAGCCGGUGUUCUACAACAUGAUGGAGCAAGGCUUGGUUGAAAAUAAAAUGUUUAGCUUUUGGCUGAACCGCACGUCGACGAAGGAUGGGAUGCCGAGCGAGGUCGGUGGCGAGCUCAUUUUUGGCGGGUCUGAUCCCGACCACUUCAUCGGCGAGCACACGUACGCCCCCGUCACGCGUGAAGGGUACUGGCAAAUCAAAAUGGACGACUUCAAAGUCGACGGGCGUUCGUUGGGCGCGUGCGACGGCGACGACGGUUGCCAAGUCAUCGCCGAUACGGGGACGUCCUUGCUCGCCGGUCCGACGGAGAUCGUAAACAAGAUUAACGACUACAUCGGCGCACACUCUAUGAUCGGCGAGGAGUGCCGAUUAUUGAUCGAUCAGUACGCCGAACAGUUUGUAGAAGACCUCGAGAACUACUCGAGCGAGCAAAUUUGCGCCUCCAUCGGCGCGUGCGACGCCGACGGAGUGGAAGCGAUGGAAGCCGAUGACGACGAUGAUCUUGGUAAAUCCUCGAGCUCGUUUGAAGGCCAAAUCGCGUGCACGGCGUGCAAAACCGUCGUCAAUUACGCGCAAGACAUGCUCGCGCAAAACGUCACCGAGAAAAUAAUCGUCAACGAAGUCAAGCGCGUGUGCGAUAUGGUUCCUAGCGUCGGUGGCACCGCGUCCGUGGAUUGCGACAACAUCCCAAACAUGCCCGACGUCGAAUUCGUCAUCGGCGGCGUCCCUUUCAAGCUCACACCCGAGCAAUACGUCUUAAAAGUCUACCAAGACGGCGAGGCGCAGUGCGUGAGCGGUUUCAUGGGCAUGGACAUCCCGAAGCCCGCGGGUCCGCUUUGGAUCUUGGGCGACGUGUUUUUGGGCCCGUACCACACUGAAUUCGACUACGCCAACCGUCGCGUCGGCUUCGCGCCCGCGGCGUGA